UAACACAGUUCGCGGGCUAAUCACCAAGCUCGCCCCCUCUAGGUACUCCAGGACCUUCCAUGCCCCUUUCGAGAAGCCCUUCACCUGUCCCUGGUGGUGGCUGGUCUAGUCCGGGUUUAAGUCUCGACAGCGGAAAAUCAACUCCUGCAGCUGUGAGCGGCGGACCUGUUGUGUGGGAAUCGGCCAAAAUGCGACCUCAUACCUCGAGCACGUUUUCUUCCUUCUCAACUCAAAACAAGGGUUUCUUCAGCAGACACAUGCGACGACUAUCGAGCAGUCUCCCACAAUUCCAAGGACAGCGCGAUGGUUGGAAGGAGAAGCGUGGACGAGGGCCACGAUGGAUUCGAAAAGUGCCGUUUGCCGGCAGGAUACGAUCGAUCUAUGGACGAAUGGGAAGGAGGCUCAAAAUGAUUCUGCUCUUUAUCCUGGUAGCGACUCUCUGCUACACUAUUUUUUACACAACUCCCCUUGCCUACUACUGGCGAAGAUCGUUUGGUGGCGGUAACAAGUUCGUCAUCAUCCUGGGCGCAAACGUCGGUGGAGGUGUGAUGGAGUGGAAGGGCGCCCGAGAAUGGGCUAUUGAGCGAGACAGCGUGCGAAACAAGCGAAAAUACGUCAACCGAUGGGGCUAUGACUUGGAGAUUGUCGACAUGAGCACCAAGAAGAAGUAUGCGCACGAAUGGCGAGAGAGUUGGGAGAAGGUUGAUUUCGUCCGCUCAACUUUGAGGAAAUACCCCAAGGCGGAAUGGGUAUGGUGGUUGGAUUUGAACACCUUUGUGAUGGAACCCUCAGUGUCACUUCAAGACCACAUCUUCAACCAGCUUGAGCAAGUAACCGAGCGCGACAUCAACUACUUCAACCCUCGCAACAUCUCGCAUCCGCUCACCGAAUCCUACCUCGACGAGAUCUCGCGGAGCCCUGUCGGAGAUGGUAAUGCCAACUCGAUCAACAUGCUUAUGACGCAGGAUUGUGCUGGCUUUAACUUGGGCUCAUUCUUCAUGCGACGCAGCGAAUGGACUGAUCGACUCCUUGACGUGUGGUGGGACCCAGUCACCUACGAGCAGAGGCACAUGCAGUGGGAGCACAAAGAGCAAGAUGCGCUGGACCAGCUGUAUCAGACACAACCAUGGGUUCGCAAGCACAUCGGCUUCUUGCACCAGCGGAAGAUUAACAGUUUCCCACCUGGAGCUUGCAAUCCCGACGGCGGUCCUAAGAACCCGCACAUCCAUUAUGACGAGAACCAACGCGACUUCUUGGUCAACAUGGCAGGAUGUGAAUGGGGUCGCGACUGCUGGGGCGAGAUGUACUACUAUCGCGAAUUCAGCUACUGGCUCAACCGCAAUCCUUGGGAGCGAUUCAAGGAGGAUCUCAUUGCGGUUAUCUGGUUCAAACUCACUGGUCAGAAGGUCAAGUUGUGAAGAGCAUUUGAAUGAGUUUCUGAGUUGAACGAUGCCACGAUACAAUGCAACGAAGGACGCUAUUACUCGAAUAUAGACGCAUCAGCUUUUCGACAUGCAUGAUUACACGGAGAUGAUGGACACGAAAGCAGUCGACACUACGUGCGACUGUGUCGAUGUUCGCCUCGGAGUUCUGUACAUGAUUUACUUUUUACUCGACUGCAUAUACCCACUUAGACGAAGCAUUAUAAAGAACACUGCGAAAGCCCCAAGAGAUGAAGGAGGGGAUUCUCGGCUUACAAUUCGAUGGGAUGGUUUAGACCUGGGGAAGAUGAGUUCUCUUCACGUACCAUUACUUUUUUGAGAUGAGAUGAAAGGAUGUUUAGAAAUAUGAAAGGGAUGCAAAGGGGUAUGUAUGGUUUCAUGUAUACACCAAUCAAAGAUUUGUUGGCCAGCAUCAUCUUUCAUCGGCCCAAAAGAAAUGUUUACUAUGAAUAAAGACCUAAUGUUGAAAGUUUGUUUGAUGAAACUAGCUGGACUCUCUGGUGAUUCUUCGUAUUCUUGCGUGACUGAUAAUAAAGCUGAUGCAGUGCUUGUUUCAGGGCGAUCUUGCGGGCUUAAUAGCUGCUGCAGAUAACGCCAUGUGAAAGUUUAAGUAUCGGCAGAUCAUGCUAUGUAGGUGAAA